CCUCCUCUGCUUGCACAGGUCUCACCAGCUGACACUUCAGCAUCUAAGUACUUGGUGGCAUACCCACACCAGUACCGUUUCAUAUUGGACGAACCCAACAGAUGUUGGCAGGAAAGCCCGUUCUUGGUUCUUAUGAUUCCAGUUGCACCGCACAACAGAGAGGCCCGUGACAUAAUCCACAACACGUGGGUCAAAGAAACCACAGUGCUGGAUAGAGUGGUCAGCCAUUACUUCUUGCUGGGACUGUCCAAAGAGAAAGAUGGGACAGAGCCCCUUGUGGAGCAAGAAAGCCAGACACAUCAUGACAUUCUCCAGAGUGACUUCUUGGACAGCUACAGUAACCUCACCAUUAAAACCAUGGUCAUGUUCGAAUGGCUCAGCUCCCAUUGCCCAAACACCUCGUACGCCAUGAAGGUCGACUCGGACAUGUUUCUCAAUGUCCCCAACCUCGUUGAAAUGCUUUUGAAAGCCCCCCGAAAUCUCUACAUGACAGGAAUGGUGGCAAGGGGUGCUUCUGUUCUUAGAUACCGUAACUCAAAAUGGUUUCUGCCUGUUUCUGUCUUCCCUGAGUCGAAGUACCCACCGUAUGCCCUGGGACUGGGCUAUGUUUUCUCACUGGAUUUACCCAAGAAGAUACUGGAGGCGUCUGCACAUGUUAAAGCUGUUUACAUUGAAGAUGUAUACGUGGGACUGUGUAUGAGACAUUUGGGAAUCGCACUGACAGAUCCUCCUCGUGAUGGUUUGUUUAGGACAACGAUGCCUUAUUUUCCAAGCAACUGUUACUGGACCUCUGUCAUUACAACAAUACUAGAGAACUCUAACCAGCUUUCAGAUGUAUGGGGAAAAUAUCAGAUUCAAGCACAAAGUGGCUGUUAAACACUUCUGCCUGUACCUUAUGAAAAUUGUGACUGUUUUAAAGUUGCACCCAGUGACUGUGUAGCCCUUUUGCACAGUUCAGCAGUCAGAAUGUCUGAUGAGGCUUCCGCUGAAGGUACUCAUAAAAUAGAAAAUAGAGGCGGCUCUGGCCCUUCCUGUAAAGAGCUUGAGUGUUCUUAGCCCAGUCCAGUUUAUUGUCCACGUGUACUCCCAGGUACUUGUAGUCCUCAACAAUGUCCACUGUUAAAAAGGCCAUUAUAUUCAUCAGAAUAAUAUGCCUUCUGAUAUAAAUCUCUCUCUCUGUUUGCCGAGAUUGAAUGGUUGACACACAGCAUCCAGCACAGCAGCCGAUCAGCGUUCACGGAUUGACGUGCAGGCGAUCAUCCCGCCCAUAGCGCUUAGUGCAAAGUUGAAAGCGAGUCCAGCGGAGCGCUGACACAGAUGCUGAACUUUUCUGUUUCAUAUCUUAUAUAGUUUUAUUCAUCAUUCGGGUGUUGUGCGCCUAUUGAAAGUAAGUGCAUUAUAUGUGAUCUUUGUAGGAUCGCUUGUGUGUAAUGGUAUUCUAUUUGCUUUUAUAAAGUGCGUCAGUAUGGCUAAUGAUAAGAGAUUAUUGUCUUUAGCACGAUGUUACGCUGUAUAUAUGUUACCUUUAUUCAUACUUGCUUAUACUGAUGUUGUGUUUGUAUAUUGCGUUUGUAUUUCGGUGCAGUUUACUUGUCUAAGUGCUCAUUUUCCAGAGAUUCUAAGUUGUAAACAACUUAAUGCGCACGUGCGCAGAACAUGUCCAGACCGAGCACCGCUAUAUAGAACAGAUUAAGCUGUUUUAUUGUUUAACUUAACGUGCAUGACAUACCUAAUUUGUUUUCUUGCAACUAUUAAUCCUUUUAAUUUUGUAUUUUGCUAAAUAUACAUUGUGUAUUUUUGUUUAACAGU